UAGCUGCCCUGGCUGCCACUCCUGCUCCCCCUCUGCCUCCGCUCUUCUUCGGAGCAGGGGCGGCCAGGCGGCUGGGCGCCCGCCCACCACGGCGCGACGGCGGUCCCCCUGCGCGGGCCCAUGGCCGGCGACAGCUUCGGGGAUGCGCAGGUGGGGCUGUACGCCGACGCGGGUGUGGAGAGGCAGUACCGGCUGCACCGGCAGCACCACCAGCAGGCGCCGCAGGACCUGCACUUCCAGCCCGUGCAGCUGCAGCAGCACUACGGCAAGGAGAGGCAGCCCCAGCAGCCCCAGCAGCACCAGCCCCAGCAGCACCAGCACCAGCCGCAGCGCCGCCAGCAGUGGCAGCACGACCGGCCCGCUCAGGGCGGCCCGCAGGGCGGCGGCGGCGGGAAGGCGGAGCAAGGGUGGGGCGCGGGCCCGCGUGCCCAGGCCAACGGGAAGGCCCUUUCGCGACCCGCGAUCAACAAGGAGCUCAUCAGGGCAGCCGAGAUUGGGGACCUCCGGCACCUGCUGGAGACUGUGGAGGCCUACUUGCCCCAGAUGAACGUAGUCAAUCUAUCCACUUCUUUGUACCGCCUCGGCAAGCUCGGUGCCAGCCAUCCGUCGACGCAGGCAGCUCUUUGCUCCGACCCGGUGGUCCGCUCCGUGCUGGAAGCGCUGAUACGCCGCCUGCGGGGUACUUCGCCGAAUCCGACCCUGCCUCAGGCGAUCAGCAACGUGGCGUGGUCGUUGGCUUCGUUGCGGCACAUGGACGCGCCCCUCCUGGAGCUGUUGGCCUCGCAGGCCACCUCCAACAUGCCGAGCUUCAAGUACUACGAGCUGUCGUCCCUCCUCUGGGCGUUCGCCAAGCUGGGCGCAGGCGACAUCCUCCCGCCGUCGACGGCGAUGCUCUUCGAAGCCGCCGCAGAGACGCUCCGCGGCAACUUACCAGAAGUGCAGUUCCGCAGCCUCGCCACCAUUGCCUGGGCCUUCGCCACGGCCAAGAUCGCCCACCCGCUCCUGUUCCAGGACCUCAGCGUGGAGAUGUGCCGCAAGGUGCGGACCGCGAAUAGCCAGGAGAUCGCCAACAGCGCCUGGGCGUUCGGGACCGCCAGCUACAAGGACAGCCAGCUCAUGCAGGCGCUCGGGGACGCGGGCGUGAGCCGCCUGGAGGAGUACAAGCCGCAGGAGAUCUCGAACACGCUCUGGGGCUUCGCGACAGCAGGC